CUCGAUCUCCCUAGCUUAUGCUUCCAGCAUUCCACGUGAGUUGCGUUGAGAUGAUAAAUUCAUGGGAAAAGGCAUUGAAAGAGUCGAAAGAGGUGGAUGUUUGGCCAUAUUUACAGAAUUUGUCAGCAGACGUGAUUUCAAGAACUGCAUUUGGUAGCUCCUAUAAAGAAGGAAGGAAGAUAUUUCAGCUUCUAACGCUACAAACUGGACUCGUCACUCAAGCUCUAAGCACGCUAUACAUCCCAGGAUCGAGGUAUAUUUGUUGUUACUUUAAGUUUCUUCCGACAAAGAGAAAUAUGAGAAUGAAGAAGAUAGUGAAAGCACUAGAACAUCUACUCACUAAUAUGAUCAAUAAGAGAGUUGAAGCCUUGAAAAAUGGUGAAACAAACAAUGAAGACUUGUUAACCAUAUUAUUAGAAUCCAAUUUCAAACAAGGGGAGCUAAAGGUUAUGACCAUUAAAGAGGUGAUCGAAGACUGCAAACUCUUCUACUUUGCUGGCCAAGAGACUACUGCGGUUUUACUUCUUUGGACAAUGGUUCUUUUGGCUCAACAUCAAGAAUGGCAACACCGAGCUAGAGAAGAAGUCCUUCGAGUAUUUGGAAAUGAUGGCGAUCCCAAUUUUGAUGGAAUCAACCGCCUUAAGAUCGUAAGUUUAAUCUAA